AUGGUUAUCUCCCAACCAGCCACGCCAGAACGUAGUGCUGGGGCUCAGCUUGACCAGCAGCACCCGGAUAGCUUCCAUCUCAGAGCUCGCCAACACAGCCCAACCCGCAGUCUUACAGCAUACGACAGGGACAGACGACAUCGCCGCAACAGACGACCAAACAAGGGUACCCAAGACAGCACAACCAACAGGUUUGCACGCCUUGCAGAAGAGGAUGGCGCCACACAAAUGCUUACCCCAGUUUUCGAUCUGGAAGCUGAGACGGAAGAACUCAAGACACAGAAGGAGAGACUUGACAUACGCGCUGAGGUCCUCAGAACCUACGCAGAAGCAAUAACAGCCUGCACGCGAAAAUUCACCACAGGUUACGGACUACAACUUGCCAAUGAGUUUCAGAACACCCUCCUCCGACAUUGGAACCAGUUUGUACGCGCAGAAGAACCAGACAAACAAAGCUACGCCGCCAGCGCCGGCCGCCAGAGAACCGACAAGUUGGUGAGUUUCGCCAACAUCGCGGAAAAUGCCUCACGCCAGGCACCAGGGGAUGUGCACGGGCAACCCCACUGCCGCCAAAACACAACUAUUGGGGAUCGCACCGAUCGCAGGGUCCUUCUCCUCUUGAAGAGUGGCUCCUCCUUCUUCCAGAAGGGCUUACAGAUCCGCCUUGCACUAAAGGACAAGCUCGCUAUUGCAUCCCAGGACAUCCAAGACAUCAAGCCAACAAAUACAGGAUGGGCAAUUGUGGCCCGGAACGAGAAAAUUCAGCAGCUCAUUCUGGAGAAGCAGAACGAAUGGGGCCCAUGCAUCGACCUAGAUAUUGCAGAGAAACAAAUCCCAUGGCACACCUACCUGAUCAAGAACUUCCCCAAGACUAUCCACUCUUGGGACGGCACCCUUCUGGACUUCGAGACAACGAUUGAAGAAGAAAUCGAAGCCCAAACAGGGCAAAAGCCAGAACGAUGGCAUGUCUCACAAAAGCCUAAUAAUGAGGAUCCGAGCAAAGCAACACUGGUCAUCUUAUUCCUUAAGCCGCUGAACAACAACUUCCGGCUACUCGGACAGGGAAGCCACUCCUUUAAACUUACCAAACCGAAGAAACUGUCUCAGUGCACCCACUGUUGGAACUUUCACCCGCCAACUCGCUGCAUCGCUACAAAAGUCUGUGUGCGUUGUGGCGUCAGAGACAACGUGCACCGCGCUGACAGUUGCUGCAAUACGCCGAAGUGCGCCAACUGCUAUGGCGCACAUGAAGCCAACUACGAGAACUGCUUCGCUCGCCCACAGAAACUUCGCGGCAGUUUCCAGAAACUCUCAAAAACUCAGCUAAUCUACGCGAGGCAACUAGGACAAGAAGACUUCAAGCGGAAGAACAAUACCCAGCAAACUGACAGUGACCAACUCCCCCUAGUUGAGGAGGGUGAUGAAGACGCGCGCCUCCAACAGGAUGCCGAGAUGAGCGGCACAGAGCCAAUUCACACAACUCAGGUCCCAGAAACAAACUCAGUAAACAUCGUAGACCACGAGGGGAGAGAAGUAGGUACCCCAGGAGAGUGGGGAAGUGAAAAGGACGACGAAGAAACAGAAGAAGACGCAGCAGAGGGGGAGGAAGCAGAGGAAGAAGUAGAAGAAGAAGAAGAGGAGGUGGAAGCAGAGGAAGAUAUUGAAGAAGCACUACCUCCGCCAGCACAGUCGUACCCAACAGGAACCAACACAAAACAGGACCAACACGUCAUUCCCAAACUCCAUUUCUAUAUCACCGGGAAGGGUAACCCUUACUUUGCCAUUAAAAAGCAGUUUCGACCUCAACCCGGAACUGACGACAUAGAGCCACCUAGCGAAGCCACCGCCCGAGAACCACCAGCGAAACCACAUCCCGAGAAAUCAUUGAAGUACGUACACCUAGGCGGACUUCAGCCACUCACUCGCCCCCUCGCAGCCCUCCACUAG